AUGACGUCACUGCUUCAGAUGGGCAUUUUUGGCGAUUCGAGUUCACCGUUCGACGAAUGCAUUGAAAAAGUCACAGCCGAACAUCUCAUCACCGAGAAUUGGGCAAUGAUUCUAGAUGUCUGUGACAAGGUGAAUGCCGAUCCACGAGGUCCAAAGAAUGCCUUGCUUUCGAUUCGUAAGAGACUGAAUCAUCGGGAUCCGCAUGUUGUGCUACUCGCUCUUUCCGUCUUGGAUUCAUGUUGGGGUAACUGUGGUCCCGCCUUUCGCAAGGAGGUUUCGUCUGCCAGCUUUAUUAAUGAAUUGCAGUCGAAGGCUGUUCAUAGCACUCGUCUUAUCUCCGAAAAAACAAGAAUGAUGAUCCUGAAAUGGGUAGAGAAUGAAUGCAAGUCAGAUCCGUCAUUGUCUCUUGUCAGCACGUUGUAUAAGAAUUUGCUUGCUGAUGGGUACUCGUUUACAUCAAACGAAACGAAGAAAUCUGAUAAUAAGGAUAUUCAGGCGGAAGAAGAAGAAGCAUUAGUGAAAGCGAUCGCCCUUUCAUUACAAGAAGCAGAAGCACCGAAAACAAGUAGACUUUAUCAGUUGCUGGACUCCAAUAAUUCAUUACCUAUAAAUGGGAUAACUAAUAACAAUCCUAACUGGUGGUGUGGACGAAUUGGUGUACAGCAAGGCCUUUUCCCAUCGAGUUUUGUUACUUCUGACCUCUCAGAAGUAAAGAAGGAGCCCGUUGUAACUACGGCUACGCCACCUUCUCCUGUGCCAGUUAUUGAUGAAUCCGUUCUUCUACGUUGUAUUCAAAUGUUGGAAGAUUGUGAUCCAACAGGUGAAACUCCAGACCCACCAGAGCUGGCCGCGAUUGAGCAAGCCUCACGUUCACAAGGUCCACUCAUUAAUGCACGACUGGCGGCUAUUGAUACGCAAAUUAAUGCUCUCUCUGAGGUAGAUAUGGCUAUUCGAGAUGUUUUGGCGCUGUACGAUCAAGCAGUGCAGCAAGCUCAUUAUCAGGUUGGUGGACAGUUGGUUAAUCCUCUUUGUUCUGUUUGUUGUUGCAAGGUGAUCUUUGAUUGA